AUGAACGGCCGAGGAAUUCAGAUGUAUAUGCGUCUCAACAACUACAUUCUGUCUAUCAACAACAUCGCCACGGCAGAGGUAAUGAAUAUGGGCCUUGAUCCUAAGGCUCUCACUGAUAUGCUGAAGGUUUCGAUCGGGCGUUGCUGGCCGGUGGAAGUUAACAACCCCGUCCCAGGUGUGAAUAAAGUUGCUCCCGCGUCUAACGAUUAUGAACCGGGUGGGACCGUGGCAAUUGUCAAGAAGGGUCUUGGACUGGCGAUAAGUGAAGCAAGGCAUCCAAUGCUGCGUUAA